UAGGAUGGGGUUUAGGCUGGGGUUUAGGCUCAGGUUUAGGAUCCCAUUAACCCAUUUCUCCCGCAGCACUCGUGUUUCAGUUUCCGCAAGCUCUGGGCGUUCACUGGUCCCGGUUUCCUGAUGAGCAUCGCUUAUCUCGACCCCGGCAACAUCGAGUCCGACCUGCAGUCCGGGGCCGUGGCCGGCUUCAAGCUGCUGUGGGUGCUGCUCCUGGCCACCACCAUCGGGCUGUUGCUGCAGCGUUUGGCGGCGCGGCUGGGCGUGGUCACCGGGCUACACCUGGCAGAGGUGUGUCACCGCCAGUACCACAAGGUGGGUGACAUCGGUGUCACCAGUGUGUCACCGCCAGUACCACAAGGUGGGUGACAUCGGGGUCCUUUGGGUGACACUGCUGUCCCCUGGGUGACAUCCCUGUCCCCUGGGUGUGGUCACCGGGCUACACCUGGCAGAGGUGUGUCACCGCCAGUACCACAAGGUGGGUGACAUUGGUGUCACCAGUGUGCCACCGCCAGUACCACAAGGUGGGUGACAUCGGGGUCCCCUGGGUGAC